GGAAGUGCGGGUCCAUACAGACAGCAGCGGACAGACACAGAUCCCCAGAAUACGACAAAUUAAUCAAACCCCGUUUGUUACACAUUUUAGGCACGCUCAAUAAAAAAAACGCACACGAUGACCAAAAAAGCGCAACUACAGCCAGGACCGAGCCGCAAGCAGUGAGUGAGUGAGUUAGUGAGUGAGUGAAACAUAAAAGCAUAAUAACACAGAAAAUCUAAACAUCGCCGCAAUAAAAAAGAAGGAAAUUUGAAGCCGCCAGCCAGCCGAGCAGUAAUCAACGGAAGACGACGCGCGCUGCGCGGAUGAUGUUCUUAGAAUAACACUUAGCCCAUAACUCGCAUAUCGGUUGAACACGAUCUUUCGUUGUCGUCUACUCGGAACAUGAACUCUGUCGGACCAGCCUUGUCGUCGUAACAAUAAAAAAAAGUGCUAACAAGCUGUUUGAAGUGUUGAUUUUGGUCCCGUUUUGGCGAUCCGGGGACCUGUUGGUUGCUGCUGCAGGAGACGAGCACGCUUAAUUCGCUUCAAUUGACGGUGUUUGACAUUCGACGAUCAGCGGGAUAAGGGUGAGCGUCCCGUCCAUUUGUUAGUGGCUUUUGUUCGGAUCCUCCCCAUGACGCAUCGACACGACGACGACACUACGCGUGGAUCAAGUGAUCAAGUGAAGUGAGCGAUUUGCGCGCGAUUAAAGAAAUACCUAACAAAAAAGAGUGCUCUUCAGUGUUGCUGGGUGUGUUGUGGUGACAAUAGAGGCACAAAGUCAGGCAGCGUGAAUGGUCCAAAUGGUGGUCCUGUCGUGGGUUGUCUAGUGCGCAGACGCGAAGCGGAAGCUGGUAGUGAUGGAACCCAGAGUGAUCUUUCUGAAACCGAAGAAUAGCCGAAGUGGUAGUUUAAGCGAUAAAGAACCAACCAAUUCUUCCCAGUUGGCAACAGCAUUAGCAGCAAGCGCACCAUCAGUGCCUCGAGCCAGCAGCAACCUCCUUGCCAGCAACAGUAGCAACAGCAACGACAUCGACUUCAACGACGACCCGGGAAAAGUCGACCAGACGACGACCGCCGUCACGAGUAUGGACCAACUGAACAAUGUGGUGACAACGACGACGACAGUGACUGCCAUUGCCAGUACCGUGCACCAGUCGACCGGCGGCAGCGGGGGCGGCACGGCGUCAGCCACGGGAAUCCUCAUCAACAGUAGCAGCAUCAGCAGCAAGCUAGUGCCACCGGCAUUCUCACGGUUGCCACCGGACGGGCAUGAAUUCCCGCCGAACUUUAGCGAACCCACACCGAUCGUCGGAGGAAUGACCGUCGUUACGCAGUCGUCGUCGUCGUCGUCGCCGUCGCAGCAUCAGCAGCAGACCGUGGUGAUCGGUUCGGCGAUGACGCUGACCAAGGGAGAUAAACAUUCCAGCUACGACGACAUUCCGGACCUGCCCAAAAGCCAUCCACCGGCCGUACCUCGCAAGGUCUUCCGCCAGGAUCUGGUCCUGAAAGCCCUGGACCAAAACCACCCAGACAGCCAGACCACCUUCAAGAAACCACCAAUCUUCCCGUCACCCGCCCGCAGCAACUCGCUGGUUCCUCCGACGGACACGUCCUCACCGAUUGCUCACAAGGAGGAAUCCCGCCGGCGGUCGUUCGACAUCCACGAGAUUAAUAAGCCUCCGUCCCGAAUCAGUUUGGUUGGGUCCAACUGGCGUAAGGAUGAAAAAUCGGAACGGAGCGUUCGCGACAAGAUCGCUAUGUUCUCGAAUGGAUCUGGAGGAGGGGGAGGAGGUGGAGGGGGUAUGUCGGAGAACGAAGGUCAUCCCACGUUGCGGAAGCAUAGCAAGGAUUUCACCAAGAGCUCGGAGAACCUGCUGGGAAGCGAGAGUGGAUUUACUCGGAAGGCUGUCGAUCCGAUUGAGGCGUACGCUACCUUGAGGAAGAAAGCCCAUAGUGUGGAGAAUUUGGAUGAUGUGGAUAGCGUUCAAAAUGUGGCGGAAUUCAGAGCGGCGGAGAACGGUGCCUACAAAACCAAAUUCGGACUGGAGACGUCGAAACCGGUGGUGUUGGGUAAAGCUUACAGCGUUGAGAAUUUGAACCCAUCCAAUGGAACGAUGGCUUCGAAUGGGGAUGGCAAGCUGGACAAUGGAAGUAUGUUUGGAAAUGCCAAGGUUCUUUCGAGGACGACUAGUUUUUCGGGGUAUUCCAAUGGAAACAGUCUUGCGACGAUCAACAACAACGUUGAAGAAAGAAGAAAGUCAUCGAUUACCAGUUUACUCGAACAAAGAAAGAAAUCCAUGUCCAAGUUGCGAGGAUUGGUCAUUCCGGAGAAGGUCCCAGAAACCGAAGUGUUGCCUGAUUCCAAGAUCAUCGGUCUACCGAUCAUCAAGAGCAAAGACUCGGAGAAGAUCCUCUCAUCGAACGUACUUAACAAAAUUCCAGAAAACUCAUAUAACCGCAAAACGGCCACCCUUCCAACGCCUGCCAAGUCCAAUGGAAGUUCAUUCCAGCCGAUGAUAGCACCCAAACCGGUCGUCACGGAGCUAGGUGGCACGUACAAGAGCAUCUUCCGUAACCUGAACGGAUCUUCUCCCAAGUCUGAGCUGAAAACCGAGCUAGAUGAACAAGGAUUCCGUCGGCCACUGCCACCUGUUCCUCCAGCGAAGCCACCAAGAACGUCGCUUGUGUACCCACCCUCGAAGGAUCAACAGAGCCACACCACCGAGGACGAAAGCGACGACAGCGACUCGGUGAUGAGUUCUCGCAUUUCUUCGCCUCCAGUAUCGCCGGUAGCACCUUCGUCGCCUGAAAAAUACGUCCUGACGCGAACCCUUAGCUCCGAAACGAACACCUCGAUCACAAGUUCAAACUCGACGUUGACCUCGAGUUCCGGAUCGCAGGCAAGCUGCAGCUCGGUGGGAAGCACUCCGGCCAUCGACAUGAGCCGUCGCAUCUCCAAAUCAUCCUCGAACGAGAUGACCAUGAACAGGAAGAAUGUUCUGGCCUCGGCCAAGAGCCGUAGCGGACGUGGUGAUUUGAAGAUCGAAGACGCUGCCAACGGGAAGGCUAAGCGGUACGAAGAUGGGGACAGUACGGAUGGCUACGAAGAAGAAGAGAGAAGGAAAUCCAAAUCAAAGCCAAGGGGAUCGAUCGGAAGUGGCAAGUCGAACGGAUUCGACGAGAAAGAACUGACCCACUACAAGGUGGUGGACACGGUAGACAGUAUUGUAGAUAAGGUAAUUAAAGUUGCUUCCUACGUUGAGGUGGUUUCGGAUGUUGAAGAGGACGCUAGCGUAGAGACGGAAGUGGUCGUUCCUAUGCAGAAACCGGUGGAGGUCAUCAAGGAAAAGAUUGGUUUUGCAACUGCCAAGAAUGCAUCACCGGUGGUGGAGAGCGGAUCGCCCAAUUCGAUGACCGAUCUGGCCAAAUGGGUUCGUCAUGAAGCGGCCAAGGCGAUUGUUGCCAAGGAAGUUGAAGCUCCAGCUCGGCCGGAUGUGAAGAAGUUUGCUCGAUCGUUUUCGGAGCAAAUUUCCAAGGCCGCCGAAGAGAUUCAGACUCCAACGAAGCGGGAGUUGCGAUCGUCGGUGGAUACAAAGAAGCUCAACUUGGCGGAGAUUCGCAAGUCGUUCGAGGCCAAAUCCAACAGCAGCACGGUAGUUCCCGCACCGGUUAAGAUAGUGACUAAGGAGAGCACGGCGCCCGUUCCCAAAUCCAAUCCCACCGUCAACAGCAGUCACGAUCGUUUCUCUUCCUGGGAUUCCCUGGCUUCCUCGUCGUCGGGAGUUUCCUCUCUACAAACGAACAGCCUGUUGGGCAAUGCGGUCGUCAACUGUUCCGGAUCAUCCCAAACCCUGCAGAGCACCCCCUCGGACUACGGUAGCUUCUCGUCGCUGGGAAGCAGCCAUAGUCUGAUUACACCGCAAGAUCUACAACUGAUUAUCGAAGAAGCGGAUCCUCCACUGGCGACGCCGGAAGCUUUCGUUAUCGUGCUCCAGCGUGAGACCCCGGAGUCAAGUAUCGGCAUUACCUUGGCCGGCGGAUCGGAUUACGAAGCGAAGGAGAUUACGAUUCACAAGAUCCUGAACAACUCCCCAGCGGAGAAGGACGGACGAUUGCGACGAGGAGAUCGUAUCCUCUCCAUCAACGGACUGAGCAUGCGCGGUUUGACCCAUCGGGAGUCCCUAAGUGUACUUAAGACACCUCGCCCGGAAGUAGUCAUGGUGAUAACCCGAUCCAAGUCGUUGGUCAUCGACAACAGCACCCUGUCCAAGACGAAGAGGCCCUCGCUGGGCUCGCUCAGCUCGCUGGCCGAGAAGAACGAAAUCCCCGACUACGAGCGGAAGAUCAAAAUCCAGCACAAGGCGUCCCGAUCGCUGGAUCUGGACUUGGAUAUUGUAUCCAACGAAGCUGAAAGCGUUUUCGAUGGAACCGCUUCGGAAGAUGGUCUUCUCUCAGCAGAUGAGUCAAAAUGUUCCUCGAUCACUCCUGCUAGUGAUGGUAUUGCCUCGCCUAUCGAGGGAAGCCGAGUAAUAGAAAUCCUGAAGGACGGUGCCGGCCUCGGAUUCUCAAUUGAAGGUGGUUUCGAUUCGCCAACCGGAAACAAGCCGCUCAUGAUCAAGAAGAUCUUUAUGGGAGGCGCAGCGGAAAAAUCCGGCUUGCUGAAGGCCGGCGAAGAAAUUGUUGCCAUUAAUGACAUUUCAAUCGAGCGCAUGACUCGGAUACAGGUCUGGAACAUGAUGAAGAAGCUACCGAACGGUAACGUCCGGAUCAUGCUCAAGUGAUGACGGAUGGAUGGACGUGAUUGGAGUGUAUACAAAGAGUGAGAUCGAGAGACAGAGACAGAGAGAGAGAGAGCGAGCCGUACUUUUUACACGUUACGUUUUGCUAUACAUAUAUAUCUAUCUAUACUCUGUAGGAAAAACUAUGCUAGUUCAGUAAGGCAGAAUGCAAUUCGCGCCAAGCGAUUCAAUUCAGCAGCAAUAAUAAUCAAAUUAUUAUCUCUAUUUUCUCGUAUACAGCCCGAGCUUUUUUAAAAACCUUUUAGUCCUAAGAAAAUUGUUGAUUGUAUAUUUUAUAUAUUUGCCCCUCUUUUGGAACCCUGUAUACAAAAAAAGUAAUUUAUAAACUUUUUGGAAUGCGCCCGAGUCCAACUGCGACAAUUUGGACCAAGAACGCAAAUCAAAAACUAAUUUAGACUGAUCUGUGUAUAGAAACAAAAAAAAUGGAGCAAAAAUCUGGGUAACGUAUCUGUGAAACAAACUAAAUUCAAAUCAAAUAUCGAAACAAGCGAUCACGAUUGUUUUCUAGAGCUUAAGUAUGAUUGGGCAAGUGAGUGAAAGGGAUCCGAAUCCCCCGAAAACAAAACGUACUAACAUUUAACAAAUAGAACUAUCGCCCCUAGCAUCAUAGAGAUUUUCAGAAAAUGGGCAAAGCCAAACAGCCCACAGAAAAAAAAAAACCUGGAUUAAAUUCCAUGCAAUCUUUCCAAAACAGGAAACUUCUUGCCCGACCCCGCGCACCCUUUGUCCUGGUAAACUGGUACAAGGGUCAUGAUAUGGUAGUUAACACUUCCAACACUUUAUUUUAAUCGGGCUCUAGAAUAUAUUGUUUUUAUCGAAAAGAAUAGCGUGUAUUUGCUGAAAGCCUAAAUUAGUCACGCUGCACCGCUUGUUUCUAAUCCCCCUUUAUUUAGUUUUUCGUUUUGAUUUUUGCAUUUUAUUUUUUUUUUAUUCGUGUAGAUAUUUAUCGAAGAUCAUUAGAGGAAAAUCCGUUUAAAUAAAAUUUAUGAAUGAAAAAAAAAAACUUUUUCAAAUAAUA